UUAUUCCAGGAAACUUUUUUUGCAGUGCACAAGUCACAUGAUCAACGUGCAGAUGCUACCUUUGGAGCAAACCACGAAGAAGAAAACAUGAAGUGAAGAAUGAUGGCGGUGCAUGAUCCUCCUUUUAAUGACUUGUCACGUGGACAAACAUAUUGAUGUGAUUUUAAUUGUGUUUCUUAUUCAAUGGAAACAUAAAGUUGUGUUUUUUCGCCACUGACUGAAUAUCAACAAAAUUUUGUGCUACUCUGUAAUGGAAACACAACAUGUGAUCAGGGGCCAUGUAAAAUCAAUACGAAGGCCUACCAAUGGCCCUCAAACCACACUUUUGACACCCCUGUGUUAAAGAAGGAUCAAAUUAAAUUGAUAGCUGAUUUUCAGCAAACGGUGACGUUUGGAUCAGACUGGAACAGACUAAGACUUCCAGCAGGGUGUGUUUGAUUAGUCAGAGCGAUCGGCAGCUGAGGAAAAAGCCCUGGAGGACUUGGUAAGAGACCAAAAAGCAGAUGCAUUGCCUUCGAGAUGAGGACGCUCUUAUCCCGUCACCUCGUGGAAGUUUACCAAAAGUUUGCGCUGCAUUGGUGGCUACCAUAGCAACCAUGGGAAUCCUGCUUCUGUCUCCUGGUAGGCUAAUUAACCUGGUAGCUUUAGCAACACUCAUAGUGACUCUUGGCCCCCUGCUGCAUGGACUCUAUCUGCUGUUUGAGGAGCUGUUGCACCAUUCAAACACAAGGUAUCGAGGUCGGUCGCUGCUCAGCCACAUCCUGCCAGCCUGUGGAUUGGGGCCUAAGACUUUGCUGGCGGCAGCAAUGGCCGCCCUCCUGCUGUACCUGACCAGACGCUGUCUGAUUCACAAAGGCCAAAGCUGGGAGCUCGUUGUUCUGGUUCCUGUGCUUUAUGCGCUCUUCAAAUGCCUGGGAGUCCUGGGUCCGUCGGAGGUGGAGGUAUCGGACAUCUGCGAGGACAGGAAGAUGAACGUGGCACAUGGCCUGGCCUGGUCCUUCUACCUCGGUUACCUCCAGCUGGUGCUCCCAAGUUUGGAGAAGUCCAUCGAUUCAUUUCGCGGCUCUCAUCGUGACAGCUUCUGGGCUCGUGGCUCCCAGAAGCUCCUCAUCCUCAUUCCUCUCGACGCCAACAUAUCGCACAAGCUGGAGGACGAAGACAGCCACGUCCAGUUCUACGACAGCCUCCCGAACAGCGAGCUGGACAGGGCCGGGGUCCGGGGCCGCGUCUACAAGCACAGCGUCUACAGAGUGAAGGACGAGCKCGGGAAGGCCCAUGACUGCGCUGUGGAGUACGCGACACCCCUGCUGACUCUGUACCGCAUGUCCCAGGAGAGAAACGCAGGUUUUGGGGAGCCUGAGCGCAGGCAGCAGGUCCUUCUCUUCUACCGGACCCUGAGGGACAUCCUGGACCAGUCUCUGGAGUGCCGCAACCGCUACAGACUCGUCCUGAUCAAAGAUGAGCACGAGGAUGACCCUCACUUCCUGUCCAAAGCCAUCCUGAGGCAUCUGGAGCAGCAGAACAAAGAGGAGUUCUGUCUGAGCAGAGCGCCGCAGCAGGAGACCAACGGACCCGUGGAGGUGGAGGACUGGCACCACUCUGAACCAAUGAGCCGAGAGCCCACGCUGAUGAUCAGCCUAGACAGGCCUCAGCCUCUGAGGGGGCCCAUCGAGGACACCGACAGCUUCAGAGCAACUUAAACUGAAGCCCAGGGACCGGGGCACACACGCACACACCACACUGCCCUUCCCCACAGACUAGUUCCUGGAUUUUGGUCAGCACUCAUUAGGAGAGCUUAAAGAAGUCUGACUUGUCAUCAUCAACUUAUCUUUGUGCUGCUGUUACAUGAAUUUCCUGCUUUUCCUGCUUAAGAAAUUCAUAAUCUGGAUCUUAAAACAAACGCAGAAAUUGAAGCUGUUUGCUGUGUCUUUCUUCCCCCCCCCCCUAAAGCAGGCCCACAGCAUCAUGGAAUUCUUACUGCAGAAUUCGCUUCACUUGGUUCCAUAGAAUAAAACUUUAACUUCCUCUGUUCCACAGAGAUGAAUCACUUAUUUAGGUGCAUUUUAGUGUCGGCUUCUCAUGACUAAAACUAUUAUUUUCAAAUGUAUUAUUAAUCCUGCUGAAUAUGCUCUGUGCUAGACGUGUGCCAUACAGGAUAUUUUGAUAUCGAUCCAGUACAAAGUAAAACCAGAGCCAGUAUCGCCAAUACCGAUAUCCAUACUUGAUUAUUUAAACUUGAUACAUCACCAAACACAAGACUUUUGGGUGUUUUUUGUGGGGGGGUUUUCUUCUGUAACUUAUUUUAUUCAAACAUAGGUUAGAAUUUGGGCAAAGUUUACAAGUGAAUAAAAUGUGUAACUGAUAAACAGGAACAAUGGAAACAGAGAACAAAUCUUUGCAUUUCUUACAAAAAAAAAACCUUUUUUUAAAUUCUGCAACCUGUAUUCAGAAAACCAAUCAUGUUGUGAAAACUGGAACAUUUUACUUGAAGAAGUGAAAAAAAGAUCUUCUGUUGAUUGUGUAAGCUCACUCUUUAAAAAUGCUUAUUUAGUCAGUUUUAAUAAAUGAAUUAAAAGCAGAUUUUGGUAUACCAAAGUUCACUUUUGAGGAGAAGUUACGAGAUAGAUGUAAUCCUGUUUAUAUGAAAUUAAAGAGAAUGUAAAAAGAGUGGUUAUUAAAAGACAAAUACUUCCUCGUACCCCACAAUUUUCAACCGUAAGAUUUUAACUUGCCUGUAAUAUUUUUGCCCUAACUAAAAAUAAAAAAAUCUCCAUCUCCUUCCA